AUGCAGGCGGUACAUAUAAAUGGUGCUGAUUUCGCAUAUCGAAUUGAGGGAUCUUCAGAAAACCCUUUAAUCAUCACAUUACAUGGCGGCCGUGGUUUUGGAAACCAUGCCGGGGACUUCAAAGCCUAUUCUCCUCUCAGUAAUGCAUAUCGGGUCCUGUCCUUCGACAUGCGCGGUCAUGGAGAGAGUUCGGUGACAGGUCCUUUCACAUUCCAGCAAUUGACUGAUGAUAUUGAUGGACUCCGACAACACUUUGCCGGCGAAAUGGGCAAAGACGGUGCUUUGAAACGAUUGAUGGAACGACUGUCCAAGGCGCCUCUGGCAUCAAAGGAGAUGUUGGUCAAUGGGGUAUUUGAUAAAUUCGACAGUGAUGAGCAUUUUCGGCUUGUCAUGUUCGCAUUGGGGCCUUUGUACUCGGAAGCCACAUAUGACCCAAAUGCAUCUCUUGCGGGAAACCUAAAAACCAAAUUUCGCGCUGAAGUCCAUAAUGAUCUGUACAGUCCGUCACAAAAGCACUUUGACUACAGAGCUAGUCUGAAAGAUUUGACAACGCCGACGCUUGUCAUCGUAGGGGAGAAGGAUUGGAUAUGCCCGCCUGACGAAUCGAGAGCAAUCGCAGACGCCGUAACUAAUAGCAAGCUGGUAAUCGUAGAGAAUGCUAAUCACGGUGUCCACUUGGAGAAAAACAAACAAGUUCUAAACUGUAUUAGGGGCUUCCUGGGUGCUUCGUAA